AGUGGACCUGCUCCGUCUGUAGAUAAAAAUGGCUCUUUCUAAGGCGAGAGCAACACAACAUCACAUUAGAGAGUUUGCAGUCGUCAUACAGCAGGAGUCCAGGAUGCUGCAUCCAAACCAUGAGUCCAACCAUGGAGAGUCCUUCAGGACCUUCAUUGGGUUGCAUUUCCUUGUUCUUCUGAUGCAGCCUUUUGGAGCGCUGUUAGAGUUGAUUUGUUCACAUCAACCAAUCGUGGCCCUGGUUGGUGAUGAUGUCAUUCUGCGGUGUUACCUUGAACCUCCCAUCAGUGCCAGUUCUGAGACAGUGGUGUGGACCAAACCUGGUUUGGACCCAGAGUACAUCCAUGUUCACCAAGAUGGACGACUGUUGUAUCAGCUUCAAAAUCCAUCUUAUCAUAAUCGUACAAGACUGUUUGUGGAGGAACUGACGAAUGGAAACGUCUCCAUGAAAAUCUUCAGGGUGAAAAUCUCUGAUGCAGGAAAAUACUUUUGUUUCCUUCCAUCAAUACACGAGGAAGCUUCCAUCCAACUCACUGUUGGUGCUGUCUCCACGCCCAUCAUAGAGGUUACCUUAAAUAAGAGUGGAAGUGCAGUGUUACAGUGUGAGUCUGCAGGCUGGUAUCCAGAGCCUGAGGUGUUCUGGCUGCACGGUGAGGGAACGCUCUUCUCUGCUGGACCUACAGAGACCGUCAGAGGUCCUGAUGACCUCUAUACUGUCAGCAGCAGAGUGACUGUGGUGAAGGGACACGGCAACAACUUCAUCUGUAGAGUCCAACAGCAGAACAUCAACCAGGCCAGAGAGACACACAUCCAUGUUCCAGCGGAUCACUUCACGGUUCUGUCCUCUUUUGACUCGAUUUGGAUCAUCGCCAUUCCUUUUGCACUUGUUGCUUUGCUGUUCAUUAUUAUCACACUGAUCAAGAACACAACAACUAUUGGAUGGGCUGCCAAGAAAGUUUCUACAGACGUUCCCCAGAGGACGCCGUGUUCUAAACUCUGGGAAACCUCCGGCUCUCCAUCCAGCACCAGCAGCAGGUCGAAGCUGAUCCUGACUGACGUUGUUAAUGGGCAGCUACGUUGCCCAAAGAGCCGGGUUGAAGCAGCUGUCGGAGAGGACGUCACUUUGGAGUGCCACAUUGAUCCUGAACGUGAUGUGACGCGUGGAGUAUUUAAAUUGAUGGUCAAUCAGUCCGAACGUGUCCUUGUUUACAGAGGAGAAGGACAUGAUUAUUUUGAUGAUCAGCAUGAACAGUUCAAAGGCAGAGUGUCUCUUGAAUCUAACAGUGAGAAUCUAAGCAAAGGGGAAUUUGUAGUGAAAAUAUCAUCAGCUACGACAGAUGAUGCUGGAAAAUACACCUGCACAACAGAAAACCACAUCUCCUGCAGUAUUGAUCUCGUCAUUGAGCCAGAAGAGAAUAGCAUAAAAGGAAAUCAAAUUGAUGGCGGUGGUGAUCACAAUAAUACAUAUGUCACUGGCAGUGGCAGUGUCAUUGGCAUUGUCGUUGUCAUUGUCAUUAUCAUUGUCAUUGUCGUUGCUGUGGUGUUGUGCCGACGUAGAACGAGCCAAAGACAAGAAAACAACCAAAACGUGGCUCUGGAACAGAUUGUGUUGACCGCUCCAGCUGAGAGCAACGGGUGAAGCGGGAACAUCUGUGGUAUUAAAGUCUGUGGCUGUUCUUUGACUACCUGCCAAAAGUACCUUUAGAAAAACACUCCAGUGGGCCUAAAACUUUACAAAAGCUCAGGAAAUGAAAACGAUGCGAUGUGCAAUUGUAUAAAGAAAAAAUAUGUGAAUGUUACUUUUUAAAAAGGGCACUCCACUGAUCUUACACAUGACGUUUAGUUAACUAGUACUACUCAGCCUGUCAAAAUUAAGGGUUUAAUGGUCUGUGGGUUCGUCCGGUUCGGUAUGCAACUUCCUCGGUUCGGAACGCCCUGUGACCCAAACAGUUACUGUCAAAAUAGUCUAUUGAUGUCUAUGUAUUUGCACAUGCUGAACAGAAAUUCUGGGGCGGGAGUGGCAGCUUUUGUCAGCUGUAGCAUGCUACUCGGGUUAGACCUGUUAGUCAAGCUCAUGAAGUGACGCUGCCUCCGAAAGGCAGACACACAAGAGAGACCUGAGCUGGAGGAUCCUCCAUGACAUUUAGAUCCACUGUAUGGGAGCAUUGCAGUUUCCCUGUUAGUUACACUGAAAAUGAAGAAAGAUUAGUAAAAAACCGAAUGCCAACACUGUUCAGCUCAAGUCGUCUACUGUAUGUCUGCGGAAACAUGGAAACAUGCUCAGAAAAUAUUGUUUUCAAAAUUUUUUUUGUUUUCUCUGCUGUACCUAAAACAUACCGAACUGUGACCCAAAAAAAUGAGGUACCCCGAACCGUGAUUUUUUUUUUUUUACAGUUACACAUCUAGUGAAAACAGUUAUAUAAUCUCUUCUGUGGGUCUGGGGGGGCUUUCUUAAAUUUGAAAAAAUAACCAUGAUGAUGUCAUAGUAACUACUCUGCCUCUGCUGCUCAAUUUUGACCUUUCUUUAAAAAUCAGUCCCCCCCCCCCAACAUUAUGAAAGUGCAACACUAAAUCGGUGGAGUGCACCUUUAAACAUCCGUGUAAAAAGUCAAUACUUCAUCCAAAUGUAUUUUUUGUAUCAAUUAUUGUAUCAUCCUCUUUAACUUCAUAUGAUGAGAAGUUCAUUCUCAUAGACAGCAUUGAAGUACUCACACAGCAGUAUCUAAUUCUUGAGAUAUCCACUUUUAACACCCCAAACGCAUCUCAAACACUAGAAUUUUGUAUUUACACUCUGCAAACUUUAACCUCAACCUUUCUGCUUGCAGCUUGUUAAGCAUUCUCCUUAACUUGAUAGAAACAAAGUUUGGUUGAAGUGUUUUCUUCAGCAUCGAAAACUGACUUUAGAAAAAAUUGGUGGUAAUUAUGAAUAUGGUUUGUAAUUAUGCACACGUAGCAUUAAGUACUAUAAGCUACUAAAAUUGUCUGAGCAUUGAAGUCGUUUUUAACAUAUUAUAAAUGUAUGAAUAUAUAAAUUUUUUUACUAGCCAAAUGUUUCUGCACUUUGAUAUUUUCAUAUCAACGGGCCAUUGAUUUUAAAUAAAUAAUAGAUUCAAAUA